GUCCCUCCUGGAUCCAAUCUUGCCACCACAUCCAAGCCAGCCCACCCCCAGCACUCCCUGAACUUGGGCUCUAAGCUUCCUUCUUGAUCGGUGAGACAGUUCCAGCAGAAGGAAGCUUCAAGGAGCCGGCUUCAGCUUGAAGCUGAGGCCGAUUUUUCCAGCUUUGGCUGUGACCGUGAGGGUCAGUAGAAGAAGCAGGAGGAUGGGCGAGGAGAAAAGGGGCUUAAGGGGGUGAGGAGGAUUGGUGUUUUGGGGCUGAAAGAGCAGGGUAGUGCCUAGCGAGGAUUUUGGCAUGAGCAUUAAGAAGAUUUCUUUAGCUUGCGGAGAAGUGCUGAUGAAAAAAUGUGCUUGAUGUAUUAGAGAUUUUUACAAUGUAUGGGUAUGUCAUUUCUCAUAUUUUUUUAUUAUUGUUCUUCAUAUUGUAUUAUUUUAUCAUAGUUGGAUGUAA